AUGGACACUUCUGGGGUUUGGGAUGCUCAGGAUCCUACUUUGUCCGUUCCUUCACAAGAUGACUUUCAACAAUUCCUUGACCUGAACAUGCACAACAUGGCCGAUACCCUCCAGUUCGAUUUCAAUUUCAAUCAGCAACAAUCGCAAAGUCAACAGAUGUUACAUCAAGAUGGGAUGAGUUCAAUGAAUACGGGGAUGAGUGGCAAUCAUCAUAUGGGGCAUGAUGGAACGAUGCAAGAACAUAUGCCCUCGAUGACUACGACUUCGACCCAUCCGGCCAUACUCGGAACUCCUAUCGUACAACCACAUACUUCUACAGAGAGUUUGACAGACCUGGAUGCGCAAAUCCAAUAUCUGCAACAGCAGAAGCGUGAGCAUCAGCUACGGCAAUCGCAGGAACAACAGCGGAACUUUUAUGCCCAGAGUAGAAUGAUUCCACCCACACCUAAUAGUAUGGAAAUGCAUGGUGUCAAUCAACAUUUCUAUACUCCAGCAGAGCACCCGCCAUCUGUAUAUGAGCCCUAUCGUCUGAGAGAGCAAGAGAUGGCAUUUACUCCGCUCGUGUCACCAGCUGUUACUCCCCUAGAAACUCAAUUUAAUAUCCCCGAUUACACUGUCCCCGGAGCUUAUUUUAGUCCCUUGAGCUCCCCAGCUUUACACGCCCAAAAUGACCAUCAAGUCAUGUUCGACCAUCGUCAUUCGGGGUCAAAUGAUUCCCCAAUUGACAUGAAUGGUGAUUCACAUUCUGCGCCAGUGAGCUCUAUAAUUCCGGCUCGGAAGCCUACCCGAAAGUCUGUUGCACCAAAGCCUCGGGUGAACACUCGUGUAGUUCGGCAAUCGCCAAUUGUCAAGCCAAGUCGAGGUAGGAAAAGCUUAAGUAUGAGUGCUCAGGCGCUAGGAGAAAUUAUUGAGCCAUUGAGUUCGCAAAUGUCUCAUUCUAAAGGAACUGGAUCAACGAACUCAGCAGCAAGCACCGACCAUUCUGAAAAUGGCUCUAUAUCUCCUGAGCACCUAUCGGAUAUGGCGCCUCCACCGUUACCGAGCUCGGCUGGGAGAUCACCCUAUGUCGUAGCACAAAAGGACAAUGCCAAGAAUAAGUGGAUUCCCCUUGGAUCACCAGCUACGCCAGCUUCGCUGAUGAGAAUCACAAAAUCGCCUACUGCUAUUGAGUCGGGACUGAGCCAGGAAAUGGAACUCGAUGAUCCUGUUUUGGACGGGUUCGCAUUGCCAGAAGCUGCCAAUACUACUAUAAAACCUACAUUGUCUCGUAUCGAUACACAAUCCGAUGGACAAAUGACACCAACUUUGAGCUCAACAGGAUCCAAAACUCCUGGAUUCAAACCUCUGUCGUCGCCAGUAGUUGCACUUCCCGAAGCAGCAUCAUCGUCCAGCCAGAGUCCUCAGAUAGAUGCCAUAAAUAGUGCCACACGCAAGACGCCACAAAUGCUAGCACGAGGUGCUAAGAAGAGGGCAAGCAAUUCCGUUCUUGCUUCACCGGCUCUUCUUCCUAGGAUAUCCCCUAGCAUUAAACCAUUACUCCCUGGUGGUUCAUCCAUGCACGACGACGCCACUGCUUCCCUGCUACUUGCGUCGAAGUCAAACUACCAAAACAUACUUGAAGGAACUCAUCUUCCUGGCGUUUCGUAUCCUUCGGAACUAUCCACUAAUUUAACAUCGAAACGCACUUCUCAUAAACUCGCCGAACAAGGAAGACGAAACCGGAUCAAUUUAGCACUUACAACAUUACAUGAUAUGAUACCAUCCGAAUAUUACCCCCGAGGAAAACCCAAAGAUGCUACGGGAGACAAGAGUGGAAGUGGUGAUGGUGGGGAGAACGAGUCCGCAAGUUCCAAGGGUGGACAGAGUGCAAAUAGUAAAGCCGCUACAGUCGAAGUCGCCAUUGAAUACAUCAGUCACUUGGAAAAAGUUCUGGCCGAAGCCAAUAAAAGAGCAGAGGAAGCGGAACAGAAACUUGUAGAGAAAGAAAUUUUAUAA